AUGUGCCGCACGGAGGUUGCGAUGCAGCAGAAUAGUAGUUACAGCAUCGUAGGUCCGCUAGUUGGUACGUUGGGCGAGGGCGGUGACCCCCUGAAUCACAAGCACGUGCUUGUGAAGGACUCACCUGAGGGUGAAAUGUACGCCGCGAAGAUUAUCACAUGCGGCCCGGACACACCGCAACGCAGAGAGGCAUGGAUAGCGGCAGACCUCAUGAAGCGUGUGCCACGUGUGUCGGCCCUAGUAGAUGUUGUGGAGACGGAGACGAACAUAGUGCUUGUGACGGAGUACGUUUCACGUGGAUCCCUCCGGAGGGAGAUUGAGCACCGGAACCAGCUGCUGCAGCAGCACAUCGCUAGAGCUCGUGAGAGGCGCAAAGGCCAUGCCAAUGGGGUGCUCAAGAAUCCAUUUUUUCCUGAGGAAGACGUGGUGAAGCUAAUAUUGCAAUUGGCAAUUACGCUACGACAGUUGCAGACAAAACAUGUGGUCCACAACUGUGUAACCACCGAUCAUGUUUUGUUAUGCAGUAAGGGCUUUGACAAGGUGAGGCUGUGUGGCUUCGGAAACGCGGUCUCGGGCAAGGAAACAGGGGAAGCACCGACCCACACGCUGCACUCCCAGUUUCGUCCAACUCCUUUCUCCAAUCAUCCUACUGUUGCUGCUGCUGCUUCUGCUGCUGCUGUGUUUGGGCAGCGUAACAACCGAAGCGUGCGGCUGCGCGAGGAGAAGCAGGUUGUGUGGUUGCUUGGCGCUAUUGCAUACGAGAUGUGCACGCUGGGGUCGCGCCCGUCAUGCCGCUCCACCGUCCCGCACACGCCACUCCCUAUGCGGUACUCCCGCCGCCUCAACAGCAUUCUACAGUCGAUGCUUCUGAGAAACGCCGCGUCACGGCCUACACGAGCGCAGGUGAUGGAAUUUUUGCGGCGUAACGUUCACCCAGUGAAGAGCUGUGUGGAUCGGAACACCGCCUCGCCGCUGCCGCUCGCCACGCCAAAUGCGUCGCCGAAGUGUUUGCGUAGAGCAGGGCGUCACUUCUCGCUGUGUAACGAAGUGUCGAUCCGCUCAGCACGGACGGACGCACUCGACGCUUCCGACGCGUUGUGUGCCGGUUUUCAAGAUAUGCGGAUGGUGGGUUCGCCCGCGUGUUGCCGCAGCGGUCGCGCCACCCCGAUGUUGAAACUGCAACGGAUCCCGCUGCCGGAAUAUGAGUUGGAAGCGAUCAGCAGCCCCCGCACCGUUGCACCGCUUGACGCGCAGCGGAAGAGUGAUGCCGGCGUAUCGAGGGGGACACCUUCCUCUAAAACGUUCUGCAAUAUCCCCAUUGUUAAUACGCGCACUGACGCUGGUGUGGAGUCGCAUGCAUUCUACAUAGAAGUACCACAUGGCUUCUCAAGGCGAAGACAAGGCCGUGGCGACAGUGCACGACUUUUUACUGCCGCUCUGCAAAUUCCUGCGCUGACAACCGUGGAGCAUGCGCCACCAGUCCUUUGGCAUCAUCUCAAGGAGUGUAAAUACACCCCACUAGUGACGCCAGUUCCCGCAUCUACUGAUUGCAAUCUACCGAUUAUACUUCGUAAUAAGUGUACACAUACAACUAGCGGCAAGAAAGAAGUCACCCCCUCUACUGGCAACAGCUGUAACUGA